CCAUCCACUCCCCUCUGUUCAACUCAAACCCUAAACCCCAAUUCUGUAAAGAAAAAACCCUUUUCUUUCUCCCCAUUUCCAAUCCCAAAAUGCCUUCAAUUCCAGAAGAGCCUCUCUUGGCCCCUAACCCUGAUCGAUUCUGCAUGUUCCCUAUCCAAUACCCUCAAAUCUGGGAAAUGUACAAGAAAGCAGAAGCCUCGUUCUGGACGGCGGAGGAGGUGGACCUCUCGCAGGACAUCAGUCACUGGAACACUCUUACCGACGGCGAGCGCCAUUUCGUCACCCAUGUCCUCGCCUUCUUCGCCGCCUCCGACGGCAUCGUACUAGAAAACCUUGCCGGCCGUUUCAUGAAGGAGGUCCAGGUCUCCGAGGCCCGCGCCUUUUACGGCUUCCAGAUCGCUAUCGAGAACAUUCACUCCGAGAUGUACAGCCUCCUCCUCGAAACCUACAUAAAAGACUCCGUAGAGAAAACCCGUCUCUUUCACGCCAUUGACACCAUUCCCUGCGUCACCAAGAAGGCCAACUGGGCCCUCCGCUGGAUCGACUCCUCCGAGUCCUUCGCCGAGCGCCUCGUCGCCUUUGCCUGCGUCGAGGGAAUCUUCUUCUCCGGAAGCUUUUGCUCCAUCUUCUGGCUCAAGAAACGGGGCCUCAUGCCUGGACUCACUUUCUCCAACGAACUCAUCUCCCGCGACGAGGGUCUCCACUGCGACUUCGCUUGCCUGCUCUACUCUAUUAUGCGGACCAAGCUCCCCGAGGAGCGCGUGAGGGAGAUCGUGCGCGAUGCUGUGGACAUCGAGAGGGAGUUCGUCUGCGACGCGCUACCUUGUGCGUUGGUGGGGAUGAACGGGGCCUUGAUGAGUCAGUACAUUGAGUUUGUUGCUGAUAGGUUGCUCGGUGCGCUUGGGUGCGGGAAGGUGUACAAUGUACAGAACCCAUUCGAUUGGAUGGAGCUGAUUUCACUGCAGGGGAAGACCAACUUCUUCGAGAAGCGCGUGGGGGAGUACCAGAAGGCUUCAGUUAUGUCCAGCUUGAACGGUAACGGUGAUGCCCACGUCUUCAAGAUGGAUGAAGAUUUUUAGUUUAUUGGAGUUAGCCUUCGUCUUUCAUCAUAGUAAUAUUUCACUGUAUUUUUACCGUUGUCAAAUAGUUUAUGGGCUUAUUUUGUUUUUAGUGGUAGUAUUUAGAAAUUUUUUAUUGUUUCUGAUUUUUCUUUGAGGAAUGAUAAAAUAUACUUUCAGUUUCCCU